GGGAAAGAGGGUGUGAUUUACAACUCUAGACGACUCUGUCGAGCAAAUGAGUGGCUUGGAACCAUCCUCGUCUUGGCUGGGCCCACAUUUUACCAUCAUUACUACCUGACUGUAAUUGUUCAGGUCCGCCCGAGUCAACCAGCUGGGCCCUUGUUCAUCUCCCGAGCAAUUGGAAGGGAGGAGCAGUCCGAAAUCAGCAGGAGGCAACGUUCGUCAUCUGCUUGGCGUUGCUUUAGCCGGGAGGAGGCGGGAUAGGACAGCAAGACGGAACACACCACCAAGACCGCAACACCGCGAUACGAGCCGACCAGCCAGUCAGCCAGUCAGUCGGCCAGUCAGCCAAGCAGCCACUGCUGGGAAGCUAGAUUGACGCUGGCCUUCGGUCGGGACAAAAUCCCCUAUCUAUCAUCAGCCUUGGCUUCCCCCUCCUCCUUUCUCCCUCCCCCUUCCUCGACCACCUCCUCACCUACCACGCCUUUCGAUACCAUGCUCGCAACGAUGUCAUCCUCAACAUCCACUUACUACUCGCAGCAGCAGCAGCAUCAACACUACAGCCAUUGGCACCACCGCGAGCCUUCCGCAUCUUCGUCAUCUUCUUCGAGCCGUAUCGCAGCCCCAGCAUCGAGCUACGCGACCGAGAAUGGCGGCGGCGUCAGCGCCGGCGGUGGUGGCAGCAGCAGCAGCAGUGCGGAAGCCCGAUCGCCGGGCGUGCUGACAGCGACGGGACGCAAGCGCAAGAGACUCCAGCGAGCGUGCGUGGCCUGCCACAAGGCCAAGAGACGCUGCGAUGGUGGCCUCCCGUGCUCCAACUGUGACUUCAGUGGCCGGCAAUGCACCUAUUCCGACUCGCAGGGCAAGACGGUGCCCCCCACGCAGCGCACGCCCAGCACCAGCACUCAAACUUUCUCACUCACGCAAAACCCACACCUUUGGCAACAGCAGCAGCAGCAGCAACAGCAGCAACAUCAGCAAGGUCCAGCUUCCCUGCCUACCAAUUCGCCGCCGAGUGCCGCACACCACUUACCGCCCACGCCACCGGAAGCGCGGUCGCCGCCGCUGAGCCGCGCCUUUUCGCCACAACACAGUCUCGAGCCAAGUGCGGAGACGCGGAGAAGCCUCUUGUCGACGUUUUUCUCCCAGUUGCCCGCCUACAGCACCACAUUCGAUGAGGUUGCCUUUCUGCGCGACCUGUCCACAUCAGAGGUGCCCAAUGUGCUCCUCUAUUCCAUCUAUGCCGUCAGCGCCCGCUACCAGGAGCAGACGACGUCGCCAUUGCCAGGGAGGGAUCGCAUCAGCGCCGAGACGUAUGCAAAGGCAGCUAGACGCAUGCUGUAUGAAGAGAGCCCGGACACGGGCUUGACAAUGCUCGAUGAUCCCCAGCUGGAGACAUCGCAGGCCCUCUGUAUGCUGGCCGCCUUCGAACUCGGCGUCGGUCGGAGCCGAAGGGCUUCCAUCUUCAUGUCUCUCUGCCACCGCAUCAUCAUCGACAUUCGCCUCCACGAAGGCAUCGUUCCCCCACCACGGAGAGUGUCGUCCUACAGUGAGACAUUGUCGAGCGCCAACCUGGCCCGACGGGCCCAUUGCCAGCGCUACCUUGGCAUGGCAUGGACCCUCGACAUUAUCAUUGCUGCCCUCUCUGGCGCCUGCCCCUCUUUCCGUCCCGGCGAGAUCGACACGACCCGCGGCACUUUUGCCUCGGCCGUCAACGGAACCACCGACGAGGUCACCUCGAGCUUUAUCCACACGUUGGGCGCAGUCGACGUCUUUGCCCAGGCGCUCGAAUACGUCAGGAGAAAGUCCGAUGGAGCCGGUUGCGAAAUGGCACUCCACCGAUGGGCCGAGUCUCUUCCUGCAAACCUCGUCUUUGACCUCGAGAACCUGGGCGGCGCCUCGACUGCGCUUCAGGGUGACCUCCUCCCUCACCGGACCGCUGCUGGAAACAACGGUAACGGCGCAUCAAAGCAUUCGGUCAUGUCGGUGGGAGCUGCGCAGAACUGGACAGUGAUGCAUUCGCUCGCAGAGAGUGCUACCUUCCUCGUCAGUGGCAUGAAUCCCAGCCCGGGAGCCAUGUCGAGGCGCGAUGCAGCAUUCAAGAACCUCGUCAUGAUCCUCGAGACGAUGGGAAGCCAAGCUCGCCAAAGUCCUUUUGCUCUCGUCCCUAUACUCAUCUGCUCUCGAGCACCCGGGGGCCACGAUGGACCGAGCCAGGCACGACGGUGGCUAGACGAGGCGAAAGCCCUUUGGAAUCUCGGCGACGAGCAGGCCACCUACGAAAAGCUCGUUGGCACAACCCGGUCCUUUGCUGCACCCUCAUGGAGCUAUGCAAGCAAUGGUAGCGGCAGUGGCGGCAGGUACGCACCGCCUCCGCCGUCCUCGGACCCAAGUUCGUCGCCACCGCGACGAUUGUCGCCGCCCUUGAUCAGACAUCACCAUUCUGGUUCUGGCUACCAUCUUCCGCCUCUCGUGUCGUCGAGCGCCUCCUCAGGACUCCCUUCGCUCCGCUUCUCACCACCGAGCGCUGGCACCACACCCUCGUCGGACCGCCGUCUAUCUCCUCCUGAUCACCCAUCUAGCAUCUCCCUCUCGCUACCGGCACUGCCCUCCCCUUCCAAGCUCUACCACCAAUCUUCCGCUACGUCUCCCACGAACACCAGAUCCGCCGACCCCUUUAGACUCGAGGGAGGUGGCCGCGGGCUUGGUCUUCUCGCCAGCGUGCAGCGUUAAGGUCCUUUGUGCCCUUAUAUAAUAUUCAUCUUUGCGUUGAGCAUCAUUCCCUCGAUGAACAGUAAUAGCAGUGUACUUGUUUCAAAAC